CCCGGAAGCGGAAGGGGCGGGCACGGCGCCCCUUGACCCAAGAUGGCGGUGCGGCGCUUCCGUUAGAGCUCUCCUCAGCGCGGCGGCGGGCCCGCCAUGAUGGCGGCGGCGGCGGCGCGGCGCGAGGGCCCGCCCUUCAUCAGCGAGGGCGCGGUGCGCGGCAACGCCGCCAUCCUGGACUACUGCCGCACCUCGGUGUCGGCGCUGUCGGGCGCCACGGCCGGCAUCCUGGGCCUGACGGGCCUGCGCGGCUUCGUCUUCUACCUGCUGGCCUCCGUGCUGCUGUCGGCGCUGCUGGUGCUCAAGGCCGGGCGCCGCUGGGGCAAGUACUUCAAGUCGCGCCGGCCGCUCUUCACGGGCGGGCUCGUGGGCGGCCUCUUCACCUACGUGCUCUUCUGGACCUUCCUCUACGGCAUGGUGCACGUGUACUGACCCGCCCUCCACCUCCACGGGCGACAGACGCGGAGCCGGGUGAGCGCCGGCCGGCCCCACGCGCCGGGCACGAGGACGGUCGGGGGGUGAAGGCCCGUCUCUCGCGGGGCGCCUGCUGCGGGCGCGCGGCCGGGCUGGCGCCGCCGUCCCGUCCCGCCGCCGCGCGCCUGCUGGCCGUUUCCCGGCCGCCCCUGCCGUUAGCGCGGCCUGAAUACGCACGUGCAGCGCGAGGCGGCGGCGUUGGGUCUCUUUCUCUUCGCUCCCUGCCCGGGGAAAAAUCCCGCGCGGCCGCCCACCGUCCGUAGCGAGCGGCGAGGCUGCGCCCCGGUCACGCCCGGUCGGAGCAGGCUGGAUUGAUCCUGGACUAAUUAAUCUGGGAUUACUCGAGUCUCCCGGGCGUGGCAGUCGCUGCGCUCUGGCCAACUCCGGCGUCCCCGCGGUGAACAACGGCGACGGGCGCGUCGUGUAAAGCUCCUUCAACCAGCCGUUUCAGCACGGCCAUACCGAUAUACAACGUGCGCCGGGCGCUUUAAUUAAAGCAGCUCUCGGAGCCGUUCUCAUUAAAGCGUUUCUACCCCCAA